CAAAAUUGUGAAGCCUUGAGCUUGUUCCUCAACCACCACCAUUACAUUGUGCGGGAAUUCAUAUCUCAACACGAUCCUGUUUUCGAGGAAUUAUCGCGAACGGGAUCCUUCAAUUGCAUCGAAUUCCCACCGUUGCCGGGUGGUGUAUUUCAGCUUGUGAGGAAAGAAGAUACAGCGUGGAUCUCAAGCAACGAGUGGGUCAUUUAGUAGAGUACAAUGUUUGCGGAACGCUUCGACGAUAUCUCGCCAGAUCUUCAACGACCAAUUUUGUGCCAAAGGUGCCGAAGUGUAAUAAUAGAUGUCCCCAAUGUUCGCCCAUUCCACAGUCGAACAUGGUUGAGAUGUUGGAGUUAAAAGAUGUGUUGGAGAACGGAAAGAGAGAGCUCAAGCAUUAUGAAGAGGAUACUGCAGUGUUGCGACAAACGCUGGGAACGGCUGCAAGAUGCAAAGAGUGCUGUGGAGAACACGACCAGGCAAUGUUGGGCUACUUUUCCAAGCAAAGGAGGGUCCCUGUGGAGAUCUGGGAGAUGAUUUUCUCCAUGGUACGCUUGUCAUUUUGCGAAUAUUCAUUCAACGACGACUACUGUGAAGAUUCUCCGCUCCUUGGACCCCCUACCACAAUUAUAUCUCAAGUCUGCUCCCAUUGGAGGACGAUUGCUACGGCAUUGCCUAAGCUUUGGUCUUCCAUCAACGUCGAUCUCUCGACCGGUGUUUUCCCAGCUACUUCUAAGAGCUGGCGUGUAGGUAGCACCUGA